AUUCUAUCCACGUAACUGCCGCAGUAUGAUGUUUUGAACUGAUUUUAAUUCAGGUCAAACCCACAAUACUAGCUACAAAAUCCUAAUGAACAUGUGCCAGACUAGCAAGAAUAGCCUUAGCACUAUCAGAGUGGUCCCCGUACUCUGCCUUUUCUUCCUAUUUUCUUCUCUCGUACUGUUUACUUUAUUUUUUAUUUUGAUCUUCUUUGUUAUACUCGUAGCUGCAUAUUUGUCUUUUCCUCUUAUCCAGCCCAUGAUGAUCAUGAUACCCAGUGGCUCUAUCCCACUCUGUUGACAAUACAACUAAUCGGUAAAUGCAUCCUUC